AAUUUAUUGGGAUCCAGAUAAUAUUAUAUUUCAAACAAAACCUGUACCGCUUCUACGAGUCAAACCAAAAGAUGAAAUUAUUUUUAUUUGUGCACAAGAAUCAAUUUACAUAUUAUGGACUUAUGAAUUCAAAGUAUUUGAAUCAUGUUCAAUGUGGUUAAAUGACAAUUUGAUGGUGAAUCUUUUAUUAAAAUGUCCGGAUAAAUCAAGCCGAAAAUUACAAAUGCGUCAAAGUACUACUAUUCAUCAUUUAUCAAAAGAUAAAUUUAAUUUGAAAAACACUUCAAAGAAUUCAUUUUUUAUCAAUAAUUAUUCAAGUUUAAUGAGAAAUAAAUCAACUGGUAAAAAUAAUUUUGUCCAAUUAAAUAAUAAAUAUUUUGAACAUUCUACAAAAAUAUUCAACAAACGAUCAUCAUCAUCAUCAUCGUCACAUUUAAAGUCAUUCACUUCAGCACAUUCUCCAUUAAUGGAUCGUAAGAAACAUCCAUCACAAUUUACAUUACUAGUGGAAGAAUUAACAUGGGCCAAUGGAAAUCCAAGUUUUCCUGUAAAUCGUCCAGUUUAUUUUCUUGCUCAACCUAGUAUAUGCCAGUCAAGAAAUAUGAGAUUGGGAAUUGUGAACGGAGACUUCACUGGAUUACUAGCUGAUCCAUAUGUGAAUCGAUUUCAUGCAUUUUGGUUGACAAAUUAUUCAAGUCUUAUUCCAUUACAAAAAGAUAAUUCAUCAUUGAUAUCAAAAUCAGACUUAAAUAAUAAUGAUGAUCAAAGUGUACAGAAAAAUAUUUCACCAAAUAACAAACAUAGCAUAUGCUCAGCUAAUUCAUCUUCAUCACUAACUCUGUCUAUUAUUGUAAAUGGUUACUUUCAAAAUUUACUAAUCAUUAUUCUACUAGGUUAUGAAUUUUUAUAA